AUGCAGAGUCUUCCAUUAGUGAAGCUUUUGUUAGAACAUGGAGCGGAGGUGGAUUACAAACGCAAUAUGGGAGUCUUUCGUACGCCAUUGCAAAGAGCCGCCGAAAUGGGUUGCUUCGAUAUUGUUCAAUGCCUCAUCGAGCAGAGUGCAAUUAUCGAUACAAUUCCUAUCCACUCUGGUGGUACUGCUUUGCAAUUAGCUGCGCUGAAAGGAUUCUGCGGUAUUGCUGCAUUUCUGCUUGAGCGUGGAGCCGACCCAAAUCACCCACCUGCCAAGGGGGAUGGACGAACUGCCUUUGAAGCAGCAGCGGAGUGGGGUCAUGUUGAUACGAUGUCGCUUUUGAUGCAGUACAAUGCCAACCUCGAUCUGGAAGUUGGAGAGCCUCCUGAAAGUCAGCAUGAACGGGCUAAACGGUUUGCGGAGAAGAAUGGCUUCAUGGCGUCGAAACGAUUCGUGGAACACCUCUACAGGCAGGCAUUGGGACAAGAAAAUUGGGAUAUUGGGAUGGCUUUAGAUUGGAUGUGA